UCAAAGCAGGCAAUUAUUUACUCUGUAAACUUGGUUUAGGUGAUUCAUGAAUUUUGAUUAAAUUGAAAUUAAGUUUUCCGACAUAUUAGGAUUAAUGAGAAUGGAAGUUCAGAGUUUGUAGGUAUUUGAAACAAAAGUAUUUUUUCGUCAAUAAAAUAAAGCUUGGUAAUGCCAAAAGCAGUAGGACUAAAACAUCAAGAUUCUAUGACAUCUCAUUGUUAUUAUGGCUUCCAUGAGGAGUCUGUACAGGAGAGUGGCUUCCUGCAAGGGCAUUGUGUAACCAGUAGUACACAUUCUACAUGUACCAAACAGUCGGGCCGCUUGCCACUGUGGACUUGGAAGUUUAUUGCCAGGUGUCUUGGUGUUCCUGUUAUUCCAAACGAACGUCCUGUUUUAGGAACUAUAAUUCAUAUCUUGACCUUUGCUUCAGCCCUGACCUAUGCUGUCGCACAUACUUGGUAUGUAGCUUAUGACAUAGCAUCUGUACACACGAAACAAAAUGCCCAGAAUGGGACGGUUAGUAUCAUACUAGUAUUUUGCUGGUGUAGCUUUGGAUUUUAUUCCAAAACUCUGAGUGGACGACUCUUUCACCACCCUCGCUUUACCAAAGAUAUCCGUAUGCAUGCACGAACAUUCUUUAAAAUCAAUGCAGCAUUUUUAGUGUUCCUUCUUGGUGCUGUUUUCACUGUAAUAAGCAACAUUAAUGGACUUGAGAGUUUCUAUGAUAGACACUGUGAAAUGAUUGACCUCAGCAAACUUGUAUGCAAGGUAGAAUACGUGGCUAGAGUAAUCUUCUCUGCAUUUUCUCUCCUGUGGAUUACACUGGUAGCUAUUGUUUUAAUUUCAGUUUGUCGAACACACACCAUAGGAAUAAGGAGAUUCAUCCGGGACUUAGAAUAUGAUGCUGUGCUAUAUGCUAAGUAUAACUCCCAUGUUCAUCAGUUUCAACCAGUUACAAAAGAAGACAUUUGUCAAGAAACCAUCUGGUUAGAAGAACAAGUUCAUGAAUCAGGUGACUUGAGUGAUAGUGCUGAUAGUUUUGUUUUAAUCCAUACUUCACUCGGAGGUGUCAGAAGGCAUUCCAGAUCAUUCGCUCCCCUGGUAAAAGAAAACACCCACACCAGUUCACAUGAUAAAGUUGAGGUGAGUCCAAACCAAAACAUUCCCGUAAUCUCACAAGAUGAAGGUGAUGCUAAUUUACCCGAGUUAGAGGGAGGAAUUAGCAUUAUUGCUCGUCCUAUUUUGGAAGAAGUUCAACGAGAGGAAAUUCUAAAGGAUAAUGAGAAUGAAAGUUCAUCAGCUGAUGCCAGACCUAACAAUGUUAAGAAGCUCGUCCUUACUCCAAACACAGAUGACAAUCUAAAUACAAACGCUGCUUUGUCCAUUGCUGAAAUUCUACAUAAUUACUGGAAGAUCUCUUGUCGCUUGAGGUUGUCGUCCUCUGCUCUUCAGCGAUGGGUGACUAGUUACAUCGCUUUGGUUAUUGCUUGGUGCAGCGUGUAUCUGGUGUAUUGGGUUAAUAACUCUGCCACCGUCUAUGAUGUCAUCCAGUUUAUUGUGCCUUUAAUCCUGCUCCCACUUCUAUGCUCUACUCUUGCUGAAGUCAACUCAGAAGGACAACGAUUGGCAAAAUCCAUCUGUCCAACUGAACAUCGUCUACAGCUCAUCAAGUUUCUCAACCAGAAUCCUCUCCAAAUGACAGUUUAUGGCUAUGCCCUGAAUCAUGGAACUAUUAUGACCGUCUUCUUUGCCAUUCUUGUUGCCUUCACUUCACGAUUGGUGGUUUCUGAAAUCAAUACUUAGUAAAUCAAAAACCACAGAGCCGAAGAUUCGUCGCUACUUGCCUCACCAUUAUGUGGAACGAUUUAUGCAUACAAUGUUUCUCAUUAUAACUGGUACAGUGUUGGAAGUAGUGACCAGAGGUUAGCUUGACAUUUGAAUGUUGCUUAUUAUCACGAAUGCAAACCAAACAUAAAUCUUCUCAAAUGUUAAAUUUCAGUGAAGUGUUUGCAUAUCUUUCACUUUUUUUGGUAAACUUAGUUUCAUUAUCUUGCAAGGGUGUGAGCAAAAGUGCUAAUAUUUUUAUGGUAUGAGAGGUGAAGGGGUUAAAUUUAUAUCAUUACUGUAUAAAACAUAUACAUUAGAAGAACAGGCGAGGUUCUAAACGUGUCUUCCUCCAUUCUCUAAUGAUACAUAUGAGUGCAUUUUUUAAACAGAAAUUAGUUCUUGUUUGUUUAUUUUUAAUUAUGCACAAAGCUACACAUGGGCUAUCUGUGCUCUGCCCACCACAUGUAUCGAAACCCGGUUUCUAGCGUUGUAAGUCCGCAGAUAUACCGCUGUGCCACUGGGGGCAAUCAGUUCUUUUUUACACUAAUAAUAACGGUUCUGAUCAACAGAAUAACUGAUUCAAGAUUUUUAUUUGGCAUUAUUAUAGGCAUUUUUAUUAAGAUGGAAUUCAAACCAGUCAAAGCUUGUUUAUAUAUAUAUUUUAAUAUAUAUUGUUCUGUGGUUAGCGGUCUAAACUGUGAUAUUGUGUAAGUGCACAUUCUAAAGUGUAUAUAUAUAUAUGUGUGUACCUAUAAACAACGGAACUAAAUAUUAGUUUACAACUGUGUCUGUAACAUGGAGAAAAGUAUUCAUUAUAUAUGUAUGUGUUUAAAUACUGAUUAAACAUUUCUAUUUUAUGUUUUCGAGUAUAAGCUGACAGAGAAAUAUUUACAUUUAAAUAUUGAUCAAAUGUUGAAAUUGUUUAAAAAAGCCAAGGAAAUUGAAAACUUGUGCUUAACUUUUAACAGUUAAUAUCAGUGUGUAGAUUUACUUGGUAUUUCCUUCCCCUGCUUUCUUGAAAGAUAAAAUCUGUGAUUAGAGAUCAAAAGAAUAAACCUAAUAGUAAUCUCAUGCUUUAUAACAAAAUACUGAUGCUGGGGAUGUGACAAAUAUCUGUGUUAACAUAGCUGGAUAAAAUAUGUCUACAGGUAGUGUUGUCGUCUAUUAACCCAGCAAUAUGAACUAGAUAUAUAUAUAUAUAUAUACACACAGC